CGCGGCUGCCGGCAGCCAGCGUCCGCCGGGCGCUCGGGACGCGCACAACAUGCAGACGAGCCGUCCCCGCGGCGUGUACAGAGUCGCACUCGUGCUGGCUCUCGCGAUCGCAUGGUUGCCGCACGCCGACCACGCCGCGGGAGCGGGCGGAGGGGGAAUGUUUGGUGACGUCAAUAUCUCAGCCAUAUUGGACUCACUAAGUGUGAGUUACGACAAGAGAGUGAGACCCAAUUAUGGAGGACCGCCAGUGGAUGUGGGAGUCACCAUGUACGUGCUCUCCAUCAGCUCCUUAUCUGAAGUGAAAAUGGACUUUACGCUGGACUUCUACUUCAGGCAGUUCUGGACAGACCCACGACUUGCAUAUAAAAAGAGGCCGGGCGUAGAGACACUUUCUGUCGGUUCCGAAUUUAUUAGAAACAUAUGGGUACCAGACACUUUCUUUGUAAAUGAGAAACAGUCUUAUUUCCACAUUGCAACCACGAGCAACGAAUUCAUCCGCAUUCACCAUUCUGGAUCUAUCACUCGAAGUAUAAGACUGACUAUCACUGCUUCUUGUCCAAUGGAUUUGCAAUAUUUUCCCAUGGAUCGUCAAUUAUGCAAUAUAGAAAUCGAGAGUUUUGGCUACACCAUGCGAGACAUCCGAUACAAGUGGAACGAGGGCCCCAACUCUGUGGGCGUGUCGAGCGAGGUGUCGCUGCCGCAGUUCAAGGUGCUCGGCCAUCGCCAGCGGGCCAUGGAGAUCUCUCUUACCACAGGAAAUUACUCAAGGCUAGCAUGCGAGAUUCAAUUCGUACGAUCUAUGGGCUACUAUUUAAUCCAGAUUUAUAUUCCCUCUGGUUUAAUCGUCAUUAUAUCUUGGGUAUCAUUUUGGUUAAAUCGUAAUGCGACACCAGCUCGCGUGUCUCUGGGUGUUACUACUGUCUUGACGAUGACCACUCUGAUGUCGUCGACUAAUGCUGCUCUACCCAAGAUCUCCUAUGUUAAAUCUAUUGAUGUCUACCUGGGCACCUGCUUCGUGAUGGUUUUCGCCAGUCUAUUAGAAUACGCGACAGUUGGAUAUAUGGCAAAACGAAUACAGAUGAGAAAACAAAGAUUUACUGCUGUUCAAAAAAUGGCCGCUGAAAAGAAAAUGCAAAUCGACGGGCCACCAGGAACAUCUGAACCCUUACCUCCACCGCGAACGAGUACACUACCCCGCCCUCCGCCACCUAGCAGAUCUUCGGAAGUACGAUUCAAGGUGCACGAUCCUAAAGCGUACUCUAAGGGUGGCACCUUAGAAAACACUAUAAAUGGCGCACGUGGCCCACCUCCACCUCCUGGACCUCCACCUGACGAAGAAGCCGCUAUUCCUCACCUUAUUCCCGCUUCUAAGGGCAUCAACAAACUUCUGGGCACCACUCCUUCCGAUAUCGACAAGUAUUCACGCAUCGUGUUCCCUGUGUGCUUCGUCUGUUUUAACCUAAUGUACUGGAUUAUAUAUCUACACGUAUCUGACGUAGUAGCCGAUGACUUAGUAUUACUUGGCGAAGAGAAUUAAAUUCCAUAAUAUUAAUAUUAUGAUAUCGGCACUGGAUAAAACCUUUGGGUGCUCAUCAUCGACCCUCCAUCUCAUUUAUGAAAAGUGCUUUCUAAAUUUAGAUUUUUGCAAUAAUCCCCUACCUAGCACUAUUCUUAUCGAAAUAGUAAUAUACACAAAUAUGUAAUUUUAAUAUAAACGGCACUGAUGUUCUAAUACUCAUAUAGGAGUCUAAAAAAAGUUCUUAUUAUACAAAAUGUUUGCAAAAUUUGACAAUGAUUUGUUUUAUAGAUCACGACCUGAUGUAACCAUAAUAAUUAUGUGAAACUUAUAGUUAUGAUGGGUACUAUGAACAUUCUUUAGAUUAUUGCCUGUCUAUGAGACCUAUCUUUUAGUCUACCCUAUCUAUCAGCAUUUCAAUGAUUCGAUAUGUUGCUGAUCAAAACCAGAUUUUUUUAUAAGUACAUAAUUUAAAUAAUAUAAUUUAUUAUAAUCUAGACAAUAAAGUUCGUUCAGGUUAAACUAACUCAGUCAUCCUAGAAGGAAUAGUCUAUCGAUAGUAUUGUGAUAAAUACCAUAUUAGUUGCCAUGAAAAUCAGUCAUGCUAUGGACAGGCCUAUCUUUACUAAGCUUUGAUAAUACUUUGAUAAUUUCAUAGGUCAUAAAGUUGCAAUGGCGGUCGGCUGGUUGAGGGGUCGGUUAGGGGCACUGAAUAAUGGUAUCAAUGUUCAUCGAAAUGUACAAAAAACUUCCAUAGCAUCUGAAAAAUUAAACUAAAAACAACUUAUGUAAACCAAAGAUAAUUGUUUAUUAAAAAGAGCUAUGUAUUAAUUACACUGUAUCUCUAGGAUAUUUCGUGAAUGAUAAAAGUAUUUUUUUACUAAGCGAUGAAGUGGCUAACGAGGGAGUUGUUUGAGUUGGGUAUCGUAUAUUCCCUAGCUAUAGUGCUAAUAGUGAACCUACAAGGAUAAUUUUUAUAUAAGAAAUUCCUUUUAGUUGUACAUAUUAAAAAAGAUUACAAGAAAAUGGCAAUCUCGCAAAGGCGCGCGCGUUAUUUGUUAAUUUGUAUCUUUGUGUAACUACUAUAAUA